CAGCGGCCGUCAGCUGAAUGUUUACCGAGCAAGCAUAGAGGGCUGGAGCGGAAAGUGACGGCCACACUGGAGCCCUGGUGCAUGGUGAGACUCAGGUGAUUUCAGCUUCCACGGUCGCAACUCCCAGCGGAAUGUUCACUCGCAGGGGCCAUGGAGACGUCAAGAAAUCUACACAGAAAGUUCUGGACCCAAAGAAGGAUGUGCUGACCCGGCUCAAGCACCUACGCUCGCUGUUAGAUAUCAUCGACAAGAGUGAACUGAAGGCAUUCUUCGAGAGCAACUGUUCUCAGAUUUAUUUUAUCUUCUAUGAAAGUUUCAUUACACUGGAAAGCAACUUAAAACAAAAAGGGAACAAAUCUCAAAGGGAGGAGCUGGACUCUAUCCUCUUUAUUUUUGAAAAAAUUCUACAACUUCUGCCAGAGAAAGUCUACAACCGAUGGCAAUUUCACAGUAUAGGUUCUAUUCUGAAAAAGCUUCUACACACUGGAAAUUCAUUCAAGAUUCGAUGUGAGGGGAUCCGUCUGUUCCUGCUGUGGCUGCAGGCCCUGAGGGACAACUGUGCUGAGGAGCAGUUUCUUAUCUUUGCAUGUCUGGUGCCAGGGUUCCCUGCUGUGCCCUCCACCAGAGGGCCCUGCACCCUUGACACCAUCAUUUACAACCCCUUCUCCAAUCCCCCCGAUGCUAAAGUGGUGCCUGAGGAGAUCACCCCGCUCGUUCCAGCUUUGGCUGGGGAAAAAGUUGCAGAGGACCAGACCUGUUUCAUCCUCGAAACCCUGCUCAAGUACAUGGUCAUACAGGCUUCCAGUUUAGAAUGGAGGAACAAAGAGAACCAGAACACAGGCUUCAGGUUUCUCUUCAGCCUUUUCAAGAAGUACUACCUUCCACAUUUAUUUCCCUCCUUCACCAAGCUCACAAACCUCUACAAGCCUUUAUUAGACCUCCCGCACCACAGACCAAAACCCUUGUAUGUGCCAGUGACGCGGAACAAUGAGAGCACCUUCUGCACCAGGGACCAGUAUCUGGCGCCCCGUGUGGCCUUCAUCACCUGGCUGGUCACCUUCUUCCUGGAGAAGAAGUAUGUCAGCAGUGCUGCUGCAGCGCAGGGCGCCAAGAAUGGCACCGAAGUCAUACCCAAACUCAUCCAGACUGUCACUGCAGGCAGUAGCAGCCAGGAGAAGAAGGAGGAUAAGAUAUCGGACGGGGAUGCGAAUGGACCAGCGGGGGAGCCUGAGAAGAGCCACUCCAACAGCAGCACGCUGUCGGAUCGGCGGCCCAGUGAUUCCAGUUUGUGUAGCAUUGAGGAGGAGCACCGCUAUGUCUAUGACAUGGUGCACGCCAUCCUGCUGUCCACCCGGGACAACGUGAAUUUUGUCAACGAGGUCUUCCACCAGGCUUUCCUGCUGCCCUCCUGCGAGGCGUCAGCUACCAGGAAGGUGAUCAAAGUGUACAGGACGUGGAUUCUGCAGGACAAGCCCGGCUUCAUGACCGAGCCGGAGAAAACAACACAAGAAGAUGAAGUGGAUGACAGCUCUGAGCAGAUUCUCAACACUGAGACAAACCACAUUCAUGUACAGACGGAGGUUCAUGGUCACAGAAGGUCAUCGAGCUGGGGGAGGACGUACUCCUUCAGCAGCGCCAUCAAUCGGGGCUUCCUCACUGAGCAGCAAAACCGGGACAUCAAGGCUGGCAUCCAGCCUACACUACAGGUGUUCCUGACCAACUCGUCCAACGUGUUCCUGUUGGAGCCGUGCCAGGAUGUACCCAAACUCUUGGAAAACCAGGUUGAGGUGUGCAAGGGGGUUCUUAGCAUCUAUCGUCACAUGAUCAUGGAGCACACGAUGAACACACAGACAUGGGAGCAGAUGCUGCAGGUACUACUGAGGAUCACUGAGGCGGUGAUGAAGAGGCCCCAGGAAAACCAAAGAAAAGAUAGUUUUGCUGAAAGUUUAGCAUCGAUACUCUUUAGGACCAUCAUCGUGGCAUGGGUGCGAGCCAACCUGUGCGUAUUUAUCUCCCGGGAGCUAUGGGACGAGCUGCUGGCAGUGCUGUCCUCUCUUACCUGCUGGGAGGAGCUGGUGACAGAGUGGGCCAGCAUCAUGGACUCGCUGACGGCUGUGCUGGCACGCACCGUCUACGGCCUGGACAUGGGCAGCCUGCCUCUGGACAAACUCAGUGAACAGAAGGAGAAAAAGCAGAGAGGACGUGGAGUGAUCCAUGACUCCCAGAAGGGCGCAGUAGUGGCACGCUCCUUCUCACUGAGCUGGAGAAACCAGGGGGAGCAGGGCGGGCCUGCGGUUCAAGAGCCCAUGAGGAUUCGGUCUGCCACUACGUCAGGAGCUCCUGGCGUGGAGAAUGCCCGAAACAACGUCCGUCAGAAAGCCUCUGCUAAGCGAAGCCAGUCCAUCAGCAACUGUGUUCAUCUAUGCGAGGCUAUUCCCACUACUAAAAGUGUCCCUAUGCUGCUCCACACUGUGAGCUCUUUCUUGCCUGGUAUCUCUUCUGGUAACUCUGCUUGUUCUCACAGACUCUCAGAUGUGGAGGAAUGUCAGCUGUCUGAAUGUGGGGGAGAGGAGGAGCUGGGAGGCAGGGAAAGCCCUCUGCCACGUAGCAGCAGCACCUCCGACAUCACCCAGCAGCUGUCGGAAACUCUACCAGCCCAGAAGAGAGAGUACUCCCCGACUUCCUGUGGCUCAGAUAGCAUGACGUCUGAGGGCAGGAAAGAAAACAGUGAGCCACCAAUGAUCCUCAUCCGACAGAGCAGCAGUACGGCUGAGACAGAGUGCAAUGCUGAUGGCCAGACUAACUACACAUUGCCCAAGCUCAGAGAGAAAAGUGAGAGUAUAAGCAGCGAGACGUCCAACGGCUACCUCAAUGAAGCUGAGGUUACCUGGCAGGCCUUCGACGAAGAGGCUGACACUCAGUCCACACAGUCCGCCCACAUGGAUGUGACGACUGACCCCCAGAGCCAGGGGAGCCUGCUGCUCAGCCACAAUGAGGCUCUAGCAGGUCCUGAGUGUGCCCUCCCUUCCCACUCCGCACCCCCGUCCUACCACCACCACAACCACUACCACUACCCUCAGAACCCCCCCGCCUCUCCAGCCCUGCUGGUGCACACAGAGUGCCCUCGGGACUGCCCUCUGGAAGACACCAUGCAUCAGUCUGUCUUACACAUGCCACACCACUUGGACAGCAGUGAGUGUCUGGCUGAUGACGUCAGCAUCAUCGCGGGUGGGACCCUGACUGGUUGGCAUGCUGAUUCAGCCUUCGUCCUUUGGAGGAGGAUAUUGGGCAUCCUGGGAGAUGUCAACAGUAUCCGCUGCCCAAAAAUCCACGCCAAGGUCUUCUCAUAUCUCUAUGAGCUCUGGCACAAGCUGGCCAAGAUCCGGGACAACCUUGGCAUCAGUGUGGACAACCAGUCUUCUCCACCCCAACCUGCCUUCAUCCCUCCUCUGCGAAUGCUUGCCUCAUGGCUCUUCAGGGCCACCAUGCUACCUGCAGAAUACAAGGCAGGCAAGCUGCAGGCCUACAAGCUGAUCUGUGAGAUGAUGACCAGACACCAGGAUGUGCUCCCCAACAGUGAUUUCUUGGUGCACCUCUACUACAUCAUACACAAGGGCUUCUCCAGCGACGACCAGGAUGUUUUGAACACCAUCAUCUGCUCCUGCUCCCCUCGAUUCUUUUACCUCGGCCUACCGGGCUUCACCAUGCUAAUUGGAGAUUUCAUCACUGCUGCCGCCUGCGUUCUCAGCUCAGUUUCCCCAGAGGCUCCAAGGAUGGAGGCUCAAACAGUCCUGGGCUCUCUGGUGUGUUUCCCCAACCUGUACCUGCAGAUUCCUGUGCUGCAACAUGUGCCUGGCUCUGAAGAAAUCCUUGUAGGCAAUGAGGAUAUCAAGGAUUACCUGGUCAACAUCCUGCUGGAAACAGCAACAAAGGAACACUGUGAAGGGGCCAGGUGCAUCGCUGUGUGCAGUCUGGGCCUGUGGGUUUGUGAAGAGCUGAUGCAAAAGAACAUCCACCAGCAAGUUAAAGACGCCAUCAACGUCUUGGCAGUAACACUAAAGUUUGGGAACAAGGCCGUGGCUCAGGUAGCCUGCGACGUGUUUCACCUGCUCAUUUCUCACUGGGAACAACUCAAGAGGUUUGAGUCCAAUCUGCCGAAGAAAAUCAUUGAGAUCUUUGUGGCCACAAUAGCCUUUUUGUUGCCGAGCGCAGAGCACUCAACACUGGAAGCAGACAAAAAGUUGAUGGUUUCGCUGCUGCUUUGCCUGUUGGACUGGUGCAUGGCUGUGCCCUUGAGUCUCCUGCUGGAGCCCAUCACCAUGCCUUCAGUGGAUGAACGCACUUCCCACAAGGCCCCACUGCUGGACUACAUCUACAGGGUGCUGCACUGCUGCGUGUCCGGCUCCACCCUGCACACCCAACAGAGCCACUACCUCCUCAGCCUGUCAGACUUGUCCAAUGACUAUGACCUCAUGUUGGGUCAGGUUAAGAGCUUUGAGCCACCGCCCUCCCAGUCAACCACUACUGAUUUUGGCAACCUGCUCACAGUAGCUGAAGAAAAGCGACGUCGGCACAUGGAGCUGAUACCUCUGACAGCACGCAUGGUCAUGACCCACCUAGUGAACCACCUGGGCCAUCAUCCAUUAAGCGGUGGCCCCGCCCUCCUCCACAGCCUAGUGAGCGAAAAUCACGACAACCCAUUUGUGGAGUCGUCCGAGCUGUCCUCCGAGGUCUUCAAAAGCCCAAAUCUGCAGCUGUUUGUCUUCAACGACAGCACGCUGGUGUCCUACCUUCAGAUCCCCACUGAGACGCCCUCCAUUGGCCAGCCCCCAAACACCUCUUCACAGGUGCGAGUCAUCGUGCGGGACAUCUCGGGCAAAUACUCCUGGGAUGGCGCAAUCCUCUACUGCACCACCCCAGAAGACUCUGUGGACAUGGGAGUUUUUUCUGCUGUAGACCGCCCGCUUUCUACCACCACUAUUGCUCACAGCAGAAACCAGCCCCAGUCUCCGACAAAGGGGCCGCACAAAACAAAUUUCUCAGUCUCUGACUCCCUCUCCGACUGUUGUGAGGAGGAAGAGGUAGAUGUUCUGGAUAAGCUGAUGGAGGACCUUGGCCACAGCAGCUCAGAAUGCCUGACUCAGCCACAACUCCAACUCAAUCAGCCAGCCUCCUCGCCCCAUGGCAUGAACAUAGAGCAGGAGAGCGCCAUCCGGGAGGCCAUCCUCCGUCAGACCCAGGAGGAGGAGGAGCAAGUGAGGAGAUGGGACGCUGAUGUAAGCUGUCGGGCUGCCUGCCAGGGGGAACCCUCCCAUGAGGACCCAAAAGCUCCUUUCUACUUCUGUCGGCUGCUGCUCAAUGACCUUGGCAUGAACUCUUGGGACCGCAGGAAAAGUUUCCACUUGCUGAAGAAGAAUUCAAAGCUCUUAAGAGAACUGAAGAACCUGGAUUCCAGGCAGUGUCGAGAAACGCACAAGAUUGCUGUGUUCUACAUUGGAGAGGGACAAGAAGACAAGUGCUCAAUCUUGUCCAACAGCGCAGGCAGCCAGGCCUAUGAAGACUUUGUGUCUGGACUGGGAUGGGAGGUGGACCUAGCCACACACUGUGGCUUUAUGGGUGGCCUCCAAAGGAACGGCAGCACAGGUCUAACAGCUCCUUACUAUGCUACCUCCACUGUGGAAGCCAUCUUCCACGUCUCCACGCGAAUGCCAUCUGAUUCUGAUGACAGCCUCACCAAAAAGCUGCGUCACCUGGGAAACGAUGAGGUACACAUCGUGUGGUCAGAGCACACUAGGGACUACCGACGUGGCAUCAUCCCGACUGACUUUGGAGACGUGCUGCUCAUCAUCUACCCAAUGAAGAACCACAUGUACUUCAUCCAGAUCAUGAAGAAGCCACAGGUUCCUUUCUUUGGGCCUCUGUUUAAUGGCGCCAUAAUCACUGGGACACUGCUGCCAAGCUUGGUGCGGGCCACCUGUAUCAACGCCAGCAGAGCUGUCAAGUCCCGUCUGACUCUCUACCAGAGCUUCUAUGAGGAGCGGGCACUCUACUUGGAGGCCAUUGUUCAGAACCACAGAGAGGUCAUGACCUUUGAAGACUUUGCCUCGCAGGUUUUCUCCCCCUCUCCUGGCUACCCAAUGAGUGGGACAGGUUCCUUCACCGGCAGCACGAGCACCGAGGCCAGUGCUCAAGCAGCAGCAGCAGCAGCAGCGGCGACGGACCCUGUCGACCAGGUCUCUCCCCCCAUGCCCCGUGCCACAAAGAACCGGGUCUCUGGAAAGCUCCGCCGGUCUGCCAGCGCUAUAAGCAAAUCUUCCAACUGAGCUCUUCUCCUUCCCCUGAUCUCUCUCCCCCCCCCUCCCCUCGAGUGCAGCCUUUAAUAUUUCUCCUCAAAGAACCUCACACACUGAGCCGUGACUGCAAGAAGUGUCCUGUUGUUUGUUUUUUUUUCCGCCCGUGUUUUUUUUCUUUGUUUUAUUAUAAAAUGUAACUGGAGCAUAUUGCAAUUUUUUUAAUUUUGAGUGGCAAUCAUUGAUUUCACGUAUACAUUUCCCUUCAUUGUGGUGUUUGAAUCCAUUAAUUCCAAUGGACGUGAGACUAAGCUAUUUAUGUUCGUCCCUGAUGGUUUCAGCUUAAGAAUCAGCAACAUAGGAAGUCUUAAAUCAGCCUGUGGUGACAAGAAAAGUCACUUUUAUCUCAUUUUCUUGUGCAGGCCUAACGCACUAGAGAAACGCAAGGUUCUUUACUAUAGUAAGGGAAUGGGAGACUGCUUUACCCUGUGUCUGUAUCUCAUCUAGCUCAACUCUUAAUGUAACUAAGCACUGAAUGACACAGUUGUAAAUGGCACCAUGCUAAAACUGCACAACAGAUUGUAAUCCGUUUAUAAAUGUGUCUGCCUUUCUACUUCUGUGUGCACCUGCCACAACCUUCCUGUGUCGAGGCUACCGCUGGAGUCACUGAACGCAUCCUGGCUGCACCAGUUUGGAUCAUGUUUGUGGAUCGUCUUCCUACAGCAGAAGAAGGAUGAAGGACUGAUGCAUGGGAGAAACCCUCCCCGGAAUAAUUGGUACUCACUUCACUGCUACAGACUUCCUGGAUGUGCAGUCAGGGGCUUUUUAAUUGUUAUGAACCCAGAGCGGACAAUCAGUGACAUCUUUCUAACUUGAGCUGGAUUCUUUUCUUUUUUUAUCUCCUAAUUUUCUUUUUUAAAUGAAUUCCGAUGGAUUGUGUCACCAUUUGAUUCAUGCGACUCCACUGGAAUGAGAAAAGAGUGCGUUUGUAAUUGUUUUCUGAUGUUGUUAACCUAGGCUCAUGUCCUGUAAUUAAAUAAGUUCCCUGUCUCUUUCCUCUGCGAUCAGUUUCCCUCUGUGAGGCUAAGACAUCGACAUUCCAGCGUUCCCCAAACAACGUUUUUGCACUCGCUGUCAUUGAUUAUGUAGAAUGUUUCUCUGUGUUCCUGGAUGUACAUUGCUUUAAAUUUUAUUUGCUGAUGUGUGUUUGCUAGAUGUAUAUAUAGAGAGGAGUAUUUGAUGAAAUUAUUUUGCUGUUGUGUUGUUUUAUGUAGUCAUUUGCUGUUUAGUGGAAAAAUGCACCAGAGCCUCAGGUGAAUCUUAACUCCAUGCACUGGUGUGCAUGAACUGUGUGUGUCCAUAUGCGUGUGUGUGUGAGCGUGGGUUUCGUGUCCGGGGGAGCUUCUCACAGUGCCUGUGUAACGUCUGUCCCAAACCACCUCUGCUAACAAUAAUCAGAUUUUAGUUCCUCCUCUUUGUCGUGUGAGACAAACCAUGGCUGCCCUGCAUCACCGCUCUGUCCUCUCUGUCUGAAAAGACACUCCUCUGUGUCUCUAUAGCUCAGCGUCUUGUGCUUCCCACAACAACAAAAACAACAGCAGAUGGAUUUGGAGUUGUGGGCACCUCUGUUUUUUUCACUCUUUGCAUUGCUCUGUCUUUAUCUGUGAAUUAAGUGGCACUGGCUCCUCCUUUUUCCCAUGAUCCUCUUCCCAUGUCGCCUCCUAGGUCCAUGGGAGGCUGGGUGCAUGGGGACGUGAGGUGGUGGGGGUGUUCAUGUGGCAUGCCAGAGCUGAGCUCUAACAGCCCUCCUGGCAACAGCCAGGCCGGUUCUCACUCCUGCAAGCUGCCCUGCUCAAGUUGUCAUGGUAGCCAGGUGUUUUCCACACACACACACACUAUAUGCUCGCACCCUCUGAGGGCUCCACCCAAGCUGCAACACUAUCCCCAUCUGUUGCUCUACUAUGCCUUACUCUCCCCCUGCUUCACCUGUCCUUUCACUCCCCUCUCCCACGUCUUCCCUUCUUUUGUUUAACUCCCUGAGCAGAAAACAGCAGGAGUGUGAAGGUGGAGAGCGUCCAUUGUCGUUCCUUUGUUUGUUUUUUGUGAAGAAUGUAUAAAUACAUAGGCCUGGAUCACAUCUAUGGUUUUUUAUUUUUCCCCCAAAGCCAUUGGAAGGAACCACCCUGGAUGCUGAUCUAAAGAUUGUAGGUUAUAGAUGAUGUCUGUUGCCCCCCCCCCCCCCCAAAUCUCUUUUUGGUGGCUUAGACACUGGAGAUGUUUGUUCGGACCAAGAUGAGGAUUGUGUGUCUUAUAUAUACGUGAAGAAAAACGAGCUAGUCUUAGUUCCUAGUAUGUCGCCUCUUUUCUUCUCGUUUUUCGAAAAAUCCUUGUACAUUGUGUCAAAUUUGAGGGCGUCAGCGUCCUCUGAUAUAAAUAUAUGAAUGCCUGUAAUAUAAUCUUUGUAUAAGAGAGAGGAGGAAAAAAAGCUUGAAGAUUUCAUCAUUACUUGUCAACAUAUCAAACUGUUUUUAACGACCGAAGUCCUGCUAUCUUUAUUAGAAAUGUGAAAAAUUGAAACAUUUCAUUAAAUCAAUUUGAUCUGA